AUGGAUACGAGUUGGAUUAAUUUACGAAAUGAUGAUCCGGCUUUUUAUAAAGGUUGCAUGAAUUUCAUUGAGCUAGCUAAAGACACUCUUAUAGAAGGAAAAACUCGAUGUCCAUGUAGUAAGUGCAAGUUGCGUAAAUGGUAUACUACGGAUGAUGUAGGGGGACAUAUUUUGUUUAACGGUUUUCACAAGGAGUAUAGGAAUUGGAUCUUUCACCGUAAAAAUGAUGAAACAAGUAGUACCCAAGGACCUCUUAGUAGCCAAGAAACGAUAGUAGGUCGAGACGAUAUUCGGGGCUUGCUAAAUGAUGCAUUUAGUGUUAGCAUUCCACCAUCCACUUCUCAACCUCAAGAUCAAUCUUUUGAGGAACCACAUUUGGAGGAGGAAGUAUUAGGCGACAUGCAUGAGGAGGAUGAUUUCCCUUCUGAGGUAGAUACUGAACUUCCAUCCUUCAAUACCAAAGAAGAAGAAAUCAAAUAUAAAAGACUAAUUGAAGCUUCUGAUGAGUGUAUGUUCCAUUGGUCUGCCGAGUCAUUCACAAAAUUGCUUGAACUUCUGAUAGAUGCAUUUCCUCAAAUAAUGGAAUUUCCGUCAUCCUAUUAUGAGGGAAAGAAGGUAAUUAAUGAUUUGGGUCUAGGUUAUGAGAAAAUUGAUGCUUGUCCUAUUAAUUGCAUGUUGUAUUGGGGUGACGCAGCGGAAAAAGAUGAGUGCCAAAUCUGUCAUACGUCGAGGUGGAAGGCGGCUAAAGGUAAGGAGGGUGAUAUAAGUGAGAAAGGUAAAGAAGCCUGUAAGAAAGGUGAGCCAGCUAAGGUUAUGCGAUAUUUUCCUCUUAUUCCUAGGUUAAAGAGAAUUUACAUGUCAUCAAAAACAGCAAAAGACAUGAGAUGGCACAAAGAUGAUCGCGACAAUGAUGGUAUGUUAAGGCACCCAACAGAUGCUUUGGCUUGGAAACGAUUUGAUGAAAAAUAUCAUGAAUUCGCCGGAGAUCCUCGUAGUGUUAGAUUGGGUUUAGCAAGUGAUGGUUUUAACCCUUAUCGUUUAAUGAAUACCAAUCAUAGCACAUGGCCGGUGGUCUUGAUUCCUUAUAAUCUACCACCAUGGCUUUGUAUGAAACUAUCAUCUUUUAUUUUAUCUUUAAUAAUUCCUGGGAAAUUUGGUCCGGGGAUAGAUAUUGAUGUGUACCUGCAACCAUUAAUUCAUGAGUUAAAAAUGUUAUGGGAAGGUGUUGAUGCUUUUGAUGCUCAUAGUGGGCAAAAUUUUAAGCUCCGAGCAGCCCUACACUCUACUAUUAGUGACUUUCCGGCAUAUGCCAUGUUAUCUGGAUGGAGUACAAAAGGUUAUAAGGCUUGCCCUAUAUGCACCCAUUCUACUAACUCAUAUAGAUUUGGAGGUAAGAUUUGUUACCUCGGGUUUCGAAAAUGGUUACCUGUUGAUCAUCCUUAUCGUAGUGAAGCUGCUUUAUUUGAUGGUAAACCGGAAUAUGGUAUUGCUCCAGUUCGUGAAAGUGGAUCGGAGGUCUUGAAGCAACAAGAAGGGAUCAUACAUGUUUACGGAAAGACUAACAUAUCUUCUAAGAAGAGUCGGAAAAAAAGGGAGAGGACAAACAUGGAUAAGAGGAGAGAUGAUGAAAAUGCUAGAAAAGCUCUUAAAGAAUUGGGGAUAAGGCCACAUCUUUGGCUUCAACCUCAUGCGAAUAGAGUAUCGUACAUGCCUCCAGCUUCAUACACCAUGUCUUUAAUAGAGAAAGAUCGAUUUUUAAGAGUUCUGAAAAAGAUGAAAGUUCCUGACGGAUAUGGAUCAAACUUGUACAGGUGUGUCAAUGUGAAACAACGGAAGCUUAUUAAUAUGAAAAGUCAUGACAAUCAUGUCAUGAUGCAAGAUAUCCUUCCCGUUGCUUUAAGAGCAGCGAAGGCUACAAAAGUGAUCGAUUUGCUUGGCGAGUUAUCUUACUUCUUCAAGAAAUUAUGCUCCAAUGUGCUUGAUCCAGACGAAUUAGAUGACGUUCAAUCGAAGGUAGAACUUACUCUCUAUAAGAUGGAGAAGGAGUUUUUGCCAACUUUUUUCACAAUAAUGGUUCAUCUACUAAUCCAUUUGGUUGAAGAGGUCAAACUCGGUGGACCUGUUCAUUAUAGAUGGAUGUAUCCCAUAGAAAGGUACUUAGCCUAUCUGAAAUCUCACGUAAGUAAUAAGGCCCAGCCUGAGAGGUCAAUUGCUGAAGGAUACUUGCUGAGGGAGACUCUUACAUUUUGUUCGAGAUACUUGGAAGGUGUGGAGACCGUAUUAAAUAGACCUAAAAGGAAUGAUGAUGGCAUUUCAGACUUAGAUGCAUAUCUCUAUAACUCUGGGGGUCGUGUUAUUGGGAUGACACAAAAUGUUCUUCUUGAUGAUAGAAGUUUAAGAGAAAGGACAAAUUUCUUCUUUUUGGACGUGCAAGCUGAUCGUGAAAGAGGUCGCACUUCUCGGAAUGGGAGUAUUUCAAAGAGAGCAAUGGCAUCAAGUAGACCAAGCUCUUCUUGUGAGCCCAGUGAUACCCGAUCAAGCAGGUUGCUGUCAAGCAAUGGUCGUGUCUCUACAACUCAAAGGAUUCAACCCGGUUAUGAGUCUAAGACAUCAGCCCUUUCCCGUGUUUUUGGGCCCCAGAUGCUGCAUAAAGAAGAGAUGGAUCAAAGAUCUCAAGCCUACAUUUUAAAAGGUUUUCACCUGGGUUCUCUGAGAAAAUGUAAAUGA